AUGGGAAGCGCUAAGGUGAUAGUAGCACUAACUAUGGGAGGCGCUAAGGUGAUAGUAGCACUAACUAUGGGAGGCGCUAAGGUGAUAGUAGCACUAACUAUGGGAAGCGCUAAGGUGAUAGUAGCACUAACUAUGGGAAGCGCUAAGGUGAUAGUAGCACUAACUAUGGGAAGCGCUAAGGUGAUAGUAGCACUAACUAUGGGAAGCGCUAAGGUGAUAGUAGCACUAACUAUGGGAAGCGCUAAGGUGAUAGUAGCACUAACUAUGGGAAGCGCUAAGGUGAUAGUAGCACUAACUAUGGGAAGCGCUAAGGUGAUAGUAGCACUAACUAUGGGAAGAAAUGGCCUAGGACGCUCCUAUCACUCUACCUCGGAACGUGACUCAGAGGCCAGCUCCUACACACUAUACAAUUUAUUUGCUACAGAAACUUCAGAGAGACAUGUACUGAAAUGGGACAAUCACGGGUUUAGGAAAUGCAAAACUUAG